AUGACUUCCGCUUCCUCAGAUUCUGGUAUGAUGCAGGCGGUCGUGUUUCACGGCCCCUACAAGGUUGCCGUUGAGCAGAUGCCUAUUCCUAAAGUGCAGAACCCGGAGGAUAUUGUAGUCAAGGUGGGAUAUACUGCUCUUUGUGGAAGUGAUUUGCACUUGUUCCGUGGCGUGGAGCCUGCAGGAACAGGAGGGUUCAUCAUGGGCCAUGAGUUCGUGGGCGAGGUCGUUGAGAUGGGCAGCGCCGUCAAGACUCUCCAGAAGGGUGACCGGGUGGUCACUGCAUUUACUACUUCCUGUGGCGAAUGCUUCUACUGUAAGCAAGGGUGGUCUUCUCGCUGUGAUAAGAAUGUUCUUUUUGGGUGUGACAGCUUGAACGGUGGACAGGCUGAAUAUGCUCGAAUCCCGAAUGCAGACGGUUCCGUCAUGAAGGCCCCCGAGGGCGUUGACGAGAAGUAUCUGGUGCUCAUGGGAGAUAUCUUCCCCACAGGCUGGUUUGCAGCCAACAAUGCAUUCAAGAACUCGACCCCCGAGCAAAUUGCUGAGCAGACAGUAGUUCUGAUUGGAUGUGGACCUGUUGGUCUCUGUGCGCUCAUCAAUGCUCUGGAGUACAAGCCCAAGCAUAUCUUGGCAGUCGACUCAGUCCCAUCGAGACUGGAGCUUGCCAAGUCGCUCGGUGCUGAGCCGUGGAACUUCCAGCUAGACCGGGCUGGUCUAGACAAGCGUGUUCAGGAGCUUACAAAUGGACGUGGUGCCGAUGCUGUCAUUGAAGUCGUCGGGUUGAGUCCUGCCUUGCGCACUGGCUACGAACUGCUGCGCCCUUGGGGAACUAUUAGCAGUGUUGGUGUCCACAAUGGAGAGAUUCCCUGGGACGGCAAUGACGCGUAUUCUAAGAACCUCACCGUCCAGAUGGGGCGAUGCCCUGUUCGGUCCGUUGCUCCUCAGGCUCUAGAAGUGCUCAAGAAGAACCAACAUAAACUUAGCUUCAUGGCCGAUAAGAUUAUGCCGCUCUCGCAGGCGGUGGAGGGCUAUGAGCUCUUCAAUGCGAUGAAGGUACAGAAGGUGAUAUUCCAGGCUGAUAAGUAG